CUCGCGCGGCGGCGGGGGCGGCAGCGACCGCAGCAAGACAAGGCGAAUCGAGGCGAGGCGGACAAGGACCUUGUGCGGUGGGGCCGGCGGCGGGGAGAGGUGUGAGGGCGGCGAGGGACCUAAGGGGGAGUCGGGCCGGUGGGCCGCCGCCGCCGCCAUGCAGGAAAUCAUCGCCAGCGUGGACCACAUCAAGUUUGACUUGGAGAUCGCGGUGGAGCAGCAGCUCGGGGCGCAGCCGCUGCCCUUCCCCGGCAUGGACAAGUCGGGGGCUGCUGUCUGUGAAUUCUUUUUGAAAGCUGCCUGUGGCAAAGGGGGCAUGUGUCCUUUCCGCCACAUCAGCGGCGAGAAGACAGUUGUGUGCAAACACUGGCUGCGGGGGCUGUGCAAGAAGGGGGACCAGUGCGAGUUCCUGCAUGAGUACGACAUGACCAAGAUGCCUGAGUGCUACUUCUACUCCAAGUUCGGGGAGUGCAGCAACAAGGAGUGCCCCUUUCUACACAUUGACCCUGAGUCCAAGAUCAAGGACUGCCCCUGGUAUGACCGAGGCUUCUGCAAGCAUGGUCCCCUCUGCCGGCACCGGCACACACGGAGAGUCAUCUGUGUAAAUUACCUCGUGGGAUUCUGCCCGGAGGGGCCCUCGUGUAAAUUCAUGCACCCUCGAUUUGAACUGCCGAUGGGAACCACCGAGCAGCCCCCACUACCACAGCAGACACAGCCUCCAGCAAAGCAAAGUAACAAUCCGCCAUUACAAAGGUCGUCCUCCUUGAUCCAGUUAACGAGUCAGAACUCUUCUCCCAAUCAGCAGAGAGCCCCACAGGUCAUCGGGGUCAUGCAGAGUCAAAACAGCAGUGCAGGCAACCGGGGACCUCGGCCGCUGGAGCAGGUUACCUGCUACAAGUGUGGUGAAAAAGGACACUAUGCCAACAGAUGCACCAAAGGGCACUUGGCCUUCCUCAGUGGACAGUGACAGCGACUGGACCAAGCUCAGAGCAGCCCGAGGGGCCCGGUGGUUGGGGACAACUCUGAGCCAUCCUUGGGAGUGUGCACUUUCUAACCCCAGCGUGGUGCAGCUCUGGUUGGAGCUGGCCAGCAGGCACACACUGUGGUUUAAUAUCUGUGGGGAUGUGUCUCCGUUUCCCUGUCAUUUUGCUGUAACCUUUUCUUUUUUUAAAGGGGACAUGUGCUCCAGUUUGGUUCCUCAAGUAGGCAUCAGCACCUGUCUGGGACUCUUUACACUCCACCCCCUGGGGAGGGGAGGACACCAGGGAAGGGCUUAUGCUCAGCAGUUCUGUAUGGAAAAUGGCCCUUCCCCUCAGGGCCUCGUUAAACACCAGCUCUUGGUGACCCCAGGGGCUGGUGGCUCAUGUAAAGCUGAGGCCAGGUCAUACCUACUUUCUCCACAUCCUGCCGAGUUCAGAAGCUGUGCCUUCUCCAUGGUGGCAGAAGCUGAGAGGAGGGGUGCAGGACUCUACGUGUGAGGGUUUUUUUCAUCUGGACUUAUUUUCUUGGGGCACCUGCUGGACAGUGCUUGAGGCACACCUCAGGCUGGAGCUGCAGACCACCCCAUAGACAGAUGCCGUAGUUUGUGCUCCUACCUCCCACCCCAUCAAGCAUCUGUAUUGUCACUCAAACACUUCUGGCCUGCAGAGACCAUCCCGCCUGAGCCUGUAAAUGUGAAACUGUCACCUGCACCCUGCUGGGCAAGUGGGCCUAUCCAAGUUCAAUUACAGGAACAAUUUUUAUGAAACUGAUUAAAGCUUGUUUUUUAAGUGCUUU